AUGGGAGAAGUACAUAGCAAAAAACCACCACCACCACCCGUAACAAAACUCAACAUAUUACAUCUUAUUUAUGUGUGUAUACAUAUAUAUAUGCACAUAUAUGUAUAUGAGACUUCAGAGUCAUUAGAGGCUGAAGAAAUACAGAAGCUGGAGAAACAUGUUGUUUUUCCUUUCUCCAGUCCCACUCUUGCCAUGGCCCACAGGAAUCUGACCGGGAGCUGUAAUGUUAACUGUGGAUGUAAGAUUCAUGAGUACGAGCCUGUCUGUGGAUCAGAUGGAAUAACAUAUUUUAAUCCUUGCCUAGCUGGCUGCAUCAAUGGUGGAAACCUUAGCACAGGGAUAAGAAAUUACACAGAAUGUGCCUGUGUCCAAAGUCGCCAAGUCAUUACGCCACCGACAGUGGGCCAGCGCAGCCAGCUUCGAGUGGUCAUAGUCAAAACCUACCUGAACGAAAACGGCUAUGCUGUUUCUGGGAAGUGUGACCGAACCUGCAAUACCCUUAUCCCAUUCCUAAUAUUUCUUUUUAUAGUUACCCUUAUAACAGCAUGUGCCCAGCCAUCAGCAAUCAUAGUGACACUCAGGUCUGUGGAAGAUGGGGAGCGGCCCUUUGCACUAGGAAUGCAGUUUGUUUUGCUACGAACUCUUGCUUACAUUCCCACUCCAAUUUAUUUUGGGGCUGUUAUUGAUACCACAUGCAUGCUCUGGCAACAGGACUGUGGCGUACAGGGAUCUUGUUGGGAAUACGAUGUCACCUCGUUUCGUUUCGUCUACUUUGGCUUGGCAGCUGGUCUCAAGUUUGUAGGAUUCUUUUUUAUUUUCUUGGCCUGGUACUCCAUUAAGUACAAAGAAGAGCAGCUGCAGAGACAGCGGUGGAGGGCUUCGCCGGUGAACACUGUGAGUGAGAUGGUCGGCCAGGCGGGACCUCAGCAAAACUAUGCACGGACUAGAUCCUGCCCCACGUUCAGCUGUCGAGGAGAGCAGUGUGGAGACUUCAGAAUGGCACAAGGGAUGAAUUGCAUAGCACAGACAUACCCCGGCCCUUUCUCAGAAGCAAUAAAUUCCUCAAACGAAAAUACGUUGGAAGAAGUCACUGCUGAGAUAUAGACCCCUGGCUUGGAA